UGUUGAACAUUGCACUCAUUUUAACAGUGCUCUGCUCGCGUUCUGUUCUCUUUUGUGUAAUGUAAUUUUUUAACUCAUUCCGUGUACACUUUGGCCUUUUGUUUGUGUCCGUAUCAUUGGCUACGAUCACCACACCGCAGCAUAUUACUAACGCCAGACAAACACCACAGUCAUACAUGUGCGCACAUCAUAUAAAUGGAAGCGAUCCUCCUGGCAAUGGACGUGUGAUUCCUCGGGACUGGAAUUCCUCAACAGCCUCUUCUGGGUUCUGUCGCCAAGGAGUUUAGCUACGCUUCCCUAUUGAGUGCCGUUAUUGGAAGAAGUCCAAACGUAAUGUUCUCCCAUUGGAAACACGUCGCAUCCUGGCUUCCCCUGCUUCUCCUGCUGGUCGUGGCCCGCGCAGGCGCGCAGCCAGAUAGGACAAAGGAUGUUUCCUCCACCUCUAACGAGGAGCUCUCGCAGGGCUUGCCCUCGGUGGAGGAGCCAAGUUUAGCGCCUGGCAACACCACUGACCCCACCUUGACGACCUUGUCAAGUCCGGCCUUGGCCUCGGCAGCUCACAGCACACCCCAGCCUGAAGCUGUUGCAGACGCCAGCACACCCUUACCAGAAGUCAUUGCCACAACAGGCACAACCACGUCCUCGUCCACCUCCACGUCCACGACGACCACAACGACGACGACAACAACAACAACUGCUGUGGCGGAACCGGCUUCGGAGGUACCCGAUUACCUCAAGCACUGCUUUUAUGCCGAGGAGCAUCUAUGUGAAGCACCAGCGGGCAAUGAUGAAGCAACCGAUGCUGCCCUGACACCACCAGCGGAGGCAGAACCGAAUGCAAAUAGCUGCCAGUGCAAGGAGCACCCAAGCAAGCCCAACUCCUGGUACUGUUGCAACAUCUCGCAGGUGUCGAUGAUCUCCAGCUGCAGCAACAUCUCCAAGUGGACCAAUUUGCAUGUGCGCAACAUGACCGUGAAGGAUGUGGAUCUGUCCAAUCCCAUCUUUCGUUCACUGCAGUCGCUGGCCAUGACGGAUGGCAAUAUAACGCGAUUGGUGAACGCCUUUCCGCGCCUCUCUGCCCUUAAGUGCCUGAAUAUAUCGAAUAACAACAUAUCGGAGAUCCAUUCGCGGGCGGUUAAAGAUGUGCCCCAUCUGGAGUUCUUUGGCAUGUCGAACAACAACCUGUCGCUGGUGCCGCAUCGGAAUCAGAACAAAAACAUAACUCUGGAUAUAAGUGGCAACAGACGCAUGCUGUGCACACCUCUCAACGAGAUCAUACACAACGAAUCGAUAAAUUUUCUGAAUCCUGGACACUCCUACUGCCAGUACAAUGCCACCCGAACUUGGUUCCAAUCCACGGACAAGGUCUCUGUAGAGCAGCUCGAGAAUCGUAAGCGCUGCGUAACCAAUUGUCCGGUGAUACCCAGUCAUGGUAACUGCAAGUGCACGUUGGAGAACAUUAUGAUUAUACAGGACAAUCAGUCGAAGCCACAGUGUCAUGUUGAUUGCUCUAAUCUCGGACUGGUGGAGCUACCACAGCGACUGCCAGACAACACAUUUGUGCUAAACAUUACAAACAACAGGAUAACCAGUUUGGGUGACUAUUUCCACACGAAUCCCACCUAUCACAACAUCAACCGGCUGGUGGCCGACAACAACCAGAUAGUGUCUAUGAACGAGUUCGAGGGCACCAAGUUCAUCGAGAGCUUCCAACGGAUCUACAUGCGGAAUAAUUCGUUAAAUAAGAUACCCGAAUAUUUCCUGAACAACGCUCUCAUGGACUCUGGUCUUGGUCGACGCAUUUAUUUGGCCGGCAACAAGCUGCAGUGUGAUUGCAACUCGGCCAAGAAGCUACUGAAUUGGCUCAAGGAGCGCAGCUCGGACAUACCUGACUACAUGGACAUACGGUGCCGGAAUAUACCCCAGAGUGUCAUCGAACUGCAGGAGGCCAAGCUGUGCCAAUCGCCGCCGGACUGGACCGACUAUAUAUACUAUUUGAUAGCCGCCGAAGUUUUCUUGUUAAUAGCCCUAAUCGCCAAGGUGUCGUAUGACUAUUGGGUCUUUAAGACGGCCGGAUAUCUGCCCUGGCCAGCUAGCAAAAUGCCCAAAUUGCCAUGCGAUUGGCUGUGCGAAUCGUAAAGGGACAUCGAGCACACUAAGAGAAGAGAGAAUCGUGACACAAUCACAUGACAGGGCGUAUUUACAUACGUGAACUAUAUAUUUUAUAUCCUAGAGGGGUGACGGUUCUAGUCCACCGACAUAAACUCGUGAAACGACAUUGGUUCACCUGGGUUUAUGUUGUUUCUAAAACAACAUAAUCUCGAUUGGACUUUGUAGUAAACGAUUUUAUAUAUACCACUCUAGCUAGAUACAAAUGUGCCUUUUAUAUACGUACUCGUAAAAACGAUUUUGUUGUUUAUAAUCUUAUAAUAGAGUUAAGGACUAUUCGUUGCUGGAAAUAUAAACAGACUUAUUUUAUGUAGUUCAGAGAUACACCCCUGCCUCGUCCAUAGAGAAAGCCAUGUUUAGAGUCCAUUUUACGAAUGAUAUUUAUUGUUGUGGUUUUGUUGUGAUUUAAAUAGAAUAAUUAUUACUUAUUAAGAAAAAAAUACGCACUUGUAACGCUUUCUGAUCGUUCCCGCA